AUCUUGUUUCCAUCUCUCUAAUCAAUCAUUACUUUCCUCUAUAUAUCCUCAAACGAUGUCCUGGUAUUUGGUUCUCAAUCUAAGCCUUUUGCUACUAAUUCUAGCCACGCCAUCCUUGGAAGGUGGUCGGCUGUCAUGUCUGCUAAAUAAUAAAUCAUGUUCACUUAUAGAGACAGAAAAAGAACAAGAUGAUGGCACAACAUGGGCAGUUCUUGUUGCUGGAUCAAACGAAUACUAUAAUUAUAGACAUCAGGCAGAUGUUUGUCAUGCAUAUCAAAUAUUGAAAAGAGGAGGAUUAAAAGAUGAAAAUAUUAUAGUGUUCAUGUACGAUGAUAUUGCACAUCACGAGAGUAACCCAAAACCUGGAGUAAUAAUAAACAAUCCCAAAGGACACGAUGUCUAUGCUGGAGUUCCUAAGGAUUACACUAAAGAUAGCGUGACAGCGGCCAAUCUGUAUGCUGUGAUUCUCGGUGACAAAAAAUCAGUAAAAGGCGGAAGUGGAAAGGUGGUUGAUAGUAAACCAAACGAUAGGAUCUUCAUAUAUUACACCGAUCAUGGUGGCCCCGGAACCCUUGGAAUGCCAGACUCUCCGAAUGUCUAUGCCAAAGACUUCAUUGAGGUUUUGGAAAAGAAGCAUGCUGCUGGGACUUACAAAGAAAUGGUUAUAUAUGUCGAAUCCUGUGAGAGUGGAAGUAUCUUCGAAGGUCUUUUGGCCGAAAAUCUUAAUAUAUAUGUCACAACAGCAUCAAAAGCAGAUGAAAAUAGUUGGGGAACUUAUUGUCCGGAUAUGGAACCCCCUCCCCCACCCGAAUACGACACCUGCUUAGGUGAUUUGUAUAGCGUCGCUUGGAUGGAAGAUAGCGACAAGCAAGGUGACAAUGGUGAAACAUUGGAGCAACAAUAUAAGACGGUAAAGGUGAGGACUUAUAAUAACAAUAGCACGGAAGGAUCUCAUGUAAUGGAGUAUGGUACUAAGAGCAUUCGUUCAGAGAGUAUUUCUCUUUAUCAAGGUUUCAGUGCAUCUAAUGUCACUGAUAACACCUACAUUUACAACGGUCAUAUGGGUGUUGUUAAUCAAAGAGACGUAGACCUAGUGUUUUUCCAAAAAAAGUAUGAGAAAAUGAUCGAAGGGUCUCAAGAAAAAAUAGACAUGUUGAAGCAGAUCACUAAUAUAAAGAAUCAUCGAUCACAUUUGGAUAGCAGUGUGGAUGCCAUAGGUACACGGUUAUUUGGAUCAAGCAAUGGUCCAUUGAUCCUUGGUUCCCUUCGAGCUCAAGGGAAGCCAAUUGUAGAUGAUUGGGAAUGUCUUAAAUCUACGGUUCGAGUGUAUGAGACACAUUGCGGUUCACUGACACAAUAUGGGAUGAAACAUAUGCGGGCAUUUGCCAACAUUUGUAACAAUAAGGUCACACAAGCGGAUAUGAGUGAUGCUUCCAUGGCUGCUUGUAGUGGUUAUGAUGUUGGGCAAUGGAGCCCUUUGAAGAAAGGAUAUAGCGCUUGAUUACAGAAAAUGGAAUAUCGUACAUACAAUCACCUAAAAGUAUGUGAUUUAAACACUUUGUUGAUAGUAGGUGGAUUUUACUUUGAAAUGAAUAAUUGUAAAUAUGGCUUUCAUUUUCAUAUAUAUUUCCGAAUUUCAAAUUUGUAAAUUAUUGUCUAAGUUGUAUACAACUUUUAUUUCACUA